GCGUUAGCUAGGGAAUGAUGUUGCGUACUAGUAAUCACGUGACAAACCAAUUCGUCUCUUCACAAUGGCGAGUAGUGUUCCUCUUAUUCGUACUUCCAACGAUAUGAAUAAGCCAUUAUUCGGAGAAGACAGCAACAGGACCAAGUUCGUAUACAUUACCAUUGCUCUAGUAACGGCUGCAAUGGUUCUAUUUACGUUUAUAAGUGCUUUUACGUUGGCAAAGAAUGGGCUAAAUGUGCGAAACGUGUACUUCGCUUUCGUUCUGCUGCUUGUCGUCAUUCCAUUAGUUGUAGUGUCAUACUGGUAUAAUCAAGGAACGCUGGAUCCAAAAUUCAAGAUCUUCAUCUACUACAACUGCUUUACGACUGUGCUUCUUUGUAUCAGUGGCAACCUCUAUUUCCAUGAAGUCUAGCCAGAGGUGUGAUGAUACGACUCUCUUCGUUGUGUCUAUGUUGCAUAUUUGGCGUAGUUCCACAUUGGAAGAACAUAAUAGGACAACGGAUAAGAUAACCGUUAACACAGGACAGUCGGGUUUAUAGCAACAGCUAGAGAAUGAAAUAUAUAGCUAUGUAGAAGCUAGUGAUUCAA